UACUUUCCUUCCCCACUCUCUCACUUCUCUGCAGGGGACGACAAGACGAUGUCCUCGCCGGACGAAACACCGGUUGCGCGAGGGCGGUCGCAGAGGGGUGCGGCUGGCGGUCGCAAUCCGUCCUCCGCCAGGAGCGACAUUACCAUGGCCGGAGAGAGUGGGUCGAAACAACGCAAACGCGCUCGGACCUUCACAGCGGACGACCGCAUGAACAGCGGCGGAGUAGAGAAGCAGAAACGCGAGACUUUGAAUGCCCUCUUCGUGGACCUGGCUCGACUUACCCCUUCCCUUUCGACUACCCGCAAGCUAUCCGAGAGUGUCAUUCUCACGGAGGCCAUUGCUCAUUCGCGCAAGCAGCGCGCCCAGCGACUUGUCUGUGCACAGGAGCUCCGCAAGAUGUUUGCCAUCCAAGAAAACAUACUGGAUGAGCUGAAUGAGUUGCGGAAACAGCUCGGGCUUGGGGAUCGGGAGCUUGAUUCCUCAUUUGGCCUUUCGGCCGCCGCUAAAGAGGCCGUUUUCACCGUCGAGGGCGAGGUAUUCGGAGAGUUCAGCGAUGGCUUUGGAGAGCGUAGCGAACCCUUGUUAGAAGAACGUCCAGAGAAUGCCGUCGGAAAUACGGAGCCCCCGCAGGCCUCGUAUCCCCAUCGGCAGCGCCUGACAUCCCGUUCUGUCUCCGUGGGGACAACCGUCAGCGAAUGGACCCCGUCUACUUCCACUUCUCCGCCUGAAAUCCCCGCAACAGCAUGGGGAAUCUCGACUUCCCCUACAAAUGAGCCGCUUCCGCCUCCCCUCCAGGCAUUCGACUACGGAGAACCGGCGCCGCUCUAUGACGGUCAUUUUCUGUCGAUGCUAUCCACACUCCCGGAACCUCCAUAUGGUUUCCAUCCACAAGAGGGCUCAAUGGCUCCCAACCGGGAUCAUUCAUCGAUGAUCAUGGAUGACCUCGGUAUGUCCGGGCCCUCCCCUAUCGACACCAUUACUGCCGCCGGCUCGGCGUUCCCAGCUCCCGAACCAACCAUAUCGCCGUCCCAGCUACAAAACGUCCCCAAUCCUAACACGCAGACUCACUCCCACUCUAAUCCGCUCCUCCUCGACCCAACCGCAUGGAAGCGCUUUCUCUCCCUAUCGCAGCCAAGUCUCGGAAGCCAGAUCCGCCCCAGUUCGACCACACAGUCGCGUGCUGCCGGUGUCGGUGCGGGCGUCAACGGCGCUCCAGAACUAACAGUAGACGAUUUCGCGAUGAGUCCCCCCUUCUUAGGAAUGGGUGCUGGUGCAGCUGCGGGCGGUCACGGCGCGAUGGGCUUCGUUGGCGACGAGCCCCCGAAUCCAAUGUCGUCAGUCAAUAUGGAAUACCCUCCGAUGAACCCGGCGCCCCUAGUCCACCUGGGAACCCAUGGAGGCUUUGUUGUUUAA